CAACUACUCUUUACCAGAGUCUAAAACCAAUCUACACAAGUUCCUCAACUCAUGGACGCUGUCACUGACAAGAUCCUCCUAAAUCGCUUCGUCGUCGAGGAACGGCCACUGCGUCGACUAGCUGACAAAUGUGACCUACUAUGCCGUCCCUCUGCACCAGACGCUGUCGAGAUGAGUGAAGCUGCACUAAAGCUUGAAUUUGCUCAAUAUAAAGCAAGUCUACGGCGCCUCGAGCUGACGAACAAAGCACAUGCACGAGAAGUGCAGCGGUACACGGAGAAAGAAGCACAAGUGCUUGCCUUACAAGAAGAAACAAGACAGAGUAUUGCGAAAUUACGGAUAGAGCUUGAAGAGGCAGAAGGCGAGUUGGAGGAUAAGAAUGCGUAUGAUGCGCUCGCCAAAGAGAUUUUAGCGCGGCAUCCACGGUCUCGUGCUUCUCAAAAGACUGCCAUUGCAAUGCUGCAAGAAGAAAUUGCGCAGCUGGUGAAAGAGCGUGAUGCAACGCAAGAUGUGUGGCGAGAGCGGAAACGUGCCUUUGAUGAGAUUUUCCAUGCAUUACAGCGGAUGGCGGCUGAUAUUCGUGGUGAGAAGGAGGAUGCUGAGCGAAAGGCUGGGAUGGCAGAUAGUGACGAGGAAGAAGAUGGCCUCAUCAAGGAGAAGCCCGUGCAGAGUACAGAAACCGUUGAAGUUGAAAUGGCAGAAGCCGGCGAGAUUGAAGAAUAAGCAGGCAUGUCAAAGAGAGAACCCAUUAAUGCUAUACAUGGGCGAAGCAGACAUAUAAGAACUCGCCAGGGCCAAUACAUAAAGUGACAAAACAUGAUAAUCGUGAUGCAUUCACUGCAUCUUGUCGCGACGUGCAAGCUCGCCAUCUUUUGCAGAAACGAUGCACAAGCGACCCACGCGCUCCGUGUGAGCCGCAAAGACCUCUGCCAUCUCACCGCGUCCUGUACCACUCUGGUAAGCGUUGCUCAAUAUGCCAGACGCCUUUUCCAGUUCUCUGAUGGCAGUGCGGAUGUGCGGGCCUGUCGUAUGGGCGAGCAAGACCAGCAGCGGACCAGACCG